AUGAGCAGUGCAACACCGUGUAAAGGCAGCGUGGGCCAAGUGGCGAGAGUUUCGGCUCUGUUUCCAUUCGAUGAUUUUCAAAGUUUCACUAUCAUUCAAGACCGAGCGGGUAUAAAUAAUAUCAGAAACCUCGCUUCGGGCGUUUUUGGGGACAUUACUUUCGAGUUUGUGAACAUCAAGGGCACCAAAAUCCAGACUAUUAGCGAAAACGUUUUCCUAAAAUCCCAUGAUAGACUUAAACGUCUUGAGUUGUCUGGUAACCUCAUUAGCGAUUUUCCUUUUGAAACUCUCGCAUCUUUUUUGAAACUUGAAACAUUUACUAUCGACGACAAUUUGAUAGAUGUGCUCCCAAAUCUAGAGUCAGAUUCCCUGAAAUUUUUUAGCAUUAAUGAUAAUGCAAAUAUGAAUUUCGAAAUUGAUGUGUUCACAAGAGUUCCGACUCUGCAGUCGAUUUCCAUGAAAAACAUUAGCCUCUUGUCACUUUCACCCGGGGUGUUUUCAUCGCAAAAUAAUCUCAUAACACUCAGACUGGAUGACAAUUUAUUGACGGAACUGAAAGAAAAUGCUAUUGCUCCCCUAAACCCGCGACUCGAAGAACUCUCGUUUGCUGGCAAUGAUAUCACUGAAGUCACGCACGAUGCAAUUCACGGGAUGGUUGAUAAUUCCAACCUGUCCUUCGCCAACAAUAGUAUCCAAACACUCCCAGUUGAUAUCUGGAGAGGCAUCUUCAGCCAGGUUGCCCCAAACGGAAUCAUUGACUUAAGUGGCAAUCCGCUGGAAUGCGGCUGUGACAUCAAAUGGCUUAUGGUUGACUUCAAAGACGACUACCUGCAUUUGUUGUCCCGCGAAACUGCCUGCAACAGCGGAGAAUUCAUUAGCGACUUAAAUCCCGAUUACUUCAAUAAAUUUUGCUGAUGAUCGAAGGCGUUUUCCUGUGCGUCUCUCUUGUCUUGUUUGAAUAAUAGUUUGGUAAUAUAU